AUGUCUAGAAGAGGACCGAUUCUUCACAGCCGGACCCAGUGGCUGCUGUUGGGCCUUGCUUUGCUCUUCAGUUUAGUAUUAUUUAUGUACCUCCUGGAAUGUGCCCCUCAGACUGAUGGAAAUGCAUCUCUUCCUGGUGUUGUUAGAGAAAAUUAUGGUAAAGAAUAUUACCAGGCCCUCCUACAGGAGCAAGAAGAACAUUACCAAACCAGGGCAACCAGUCUGAAACGCCAAAUUGCCCAGCUAAAGCAAGAAUUACAAGAAAUGAGUGAGAAGAUGAGAUCAUUGCAAGAGAAAAAGAAUAUAGGGGCUAACGGCAUAGGCUAUCAAGGCAACAGAGAGCAGACACCUAGUGAUCUCUUAGAGUUUCUUCAUUCUCAGAUCGACAGAGCUGAAGUUAGCGUAGGAGCCAAACUACCCAGUGAGUAUGGAGUCGUUCCCUUUGAAAGCUUUACUUUAAUGAAAGUAUUUCAGUUGGAAAUGGGUCUCACUCGCCAUCCUGAAGAAAAGCCAGUUAGGAAAGACAAACGAGAUGAAUUGGUAGAAGUUAUUGAAGCUGGCUUGGAGGUCAUUAAUAAUCCUGAUGAAGAUGAUGAACAGGAAGAUGAGGAGGGUCCUCUUGGAGAGAAACUGAUAUUUAAUGAAAAUGACUUCAUAGAAGGCUAUUAUCGCACUGAGAGAGAUAAAGGCACACAGUAUGAACUCUUUUUUAAGAAAGCAGACCUUAUGGAAUACAGACAUGUGACCCUCUUCCGCCCUUUUGGACCGCUCAUGAAAGUGAAGAAUGAGAUGAUUGACAUUGCAAGAUCAGUUAUUAAUAUCAUUGUGCCACUGGCUGAAAGGACUGAAGCGUUUUCACAGUUCAUGCAGAACUUCAGAGAUGUUUGCAUUCAUCAAGACAAGAGGAUUCAUCUCACAGUUGUAUAUUUUGGGAAAGAAGGACUGUCUAAAGUCAAGUCUAUCCUAGAAUCUAUCACAAGUGAGUCUAAUUUUCACAAUUACACCUUGAUCUCUCUGAAUGAAGAAUUUAAUCGUGGACGAGGACUAAAUGUGGGUGCCCGAGCUUGGGACAAGGGAGAAGUCUUGAUGUUUUUCUGCGAUGUUGAUAUAUAUUUCUCAGCCGAGUUCCUUAACAGCUGCCGGUUAAAUGCUGAGCCAGGUAAAAAGGUGUUUUAUCCUGUCGUGUUCAGUCUUUACAAUCCUGCCAUCGUUUAUGCCAACCAGGAUCUGCCACCCCCAGUGGAGCAGCAGCUGGUUCAUAAAAAGGAUUCUGGUUUUUGGAGAGAUUUUGGCUUUGGGAUGACUUGUCAGUAUCAAUCAGAUUUCCUGAACGUUGGUGGAUUCGACUUGGAAGUAAAAGGCUGGGGUGGAGAAGAUGUCCAUCUCUACCGGAAAUACUUACAUGGUGAUCUCAUUGUGAUUCGGACUCCAGUUCCUGGUCUUUUCCACCUCUGGCAUGAGAAACACUGUGCAGAUGAGCUGACACCCGAGCAGUACCGGAUGUGCAUCCAGUCCAAAGCCAUGAACGAGGCUUCUCACUCCCACCUGGGAAUGAUGGUCUUUAGGGAGGAAAUAGAGAUGCAUCUUCGCAAACAGGCGUACAGAACAAACAGUGACGCUGCUGGGUGACAGCCAUCAACACACUGAAGUCAGAACCACAAACCAGCACUGUUAUUCAGCCUUAAUCCAAACCGAGAUUCUGUGCCUCGUUCAGAGAAAAGCUGUUUAUUUUUCAUGUUCUUACUGAAUUUUAUUUGUAGUUCAGCUUGAUGUGAGAAAAAAACACAGGUGUUUUGAUGCAAAGCCAGUUUUGUGAGAGUACUGUAGCAGAAACAGUUGACAAAAUGAAAUUUGGUAUUUGUUCCCAAAAUAGUUUGAAAUAGAGUCUGCCUGGUUGGUACCUGUGUUCUGAUUGGCCCAGGGGUGCUGGGCUGAUGUUGUGUUAGUCGGCACAUCUACAAGGAAACAGAGCAUUGGUUCGUCAUACUCUGCAGGCAGAUAUCACCUGCUAACCACUAAGUCGAUCAUUAAACUCUAGUUUUUAAUGCGAGCUUCUGUUGAUGACAUGUAGAACGCUUUUUACAGGGAAUAAUUAAAUGACACAGCUGAAAUCUCCAGUCCGUCAGGAAGGCAGAAAUCAGGGCCUCCUAACUUCCUGUUGCUUUACCUCUAAAUCUCUGCCUUUAAGCCAAUGGAUACAGUAUAUAUAGUUUAGAAUCUACGGAUUGAUUAUAAAUAAGAUAUAUCAUUAUAUUAUCAUCAUCUUCAAAAUGCAUAAUCAAAACUGCUAGAUUGUUUUGAACAAACAAGUAAAUGAAGAAGCAUUUAAACAAAUCAUUUUGUUACAUUGGAAUGCAGGAAAGUAGCUAGGUUUGGGAACAUCAUCUUAAUAUAAGCCAGAGGCAUCAUAGCCUUCCUGAAGAGGCGUAGAAGAUACAAACAUUAUAGUAUGGUUUUGUAUGGCUUUUGUUUUGCACUGUCUUAUUUAGCAUAGGUACAGAUAUAUUUAUUUUCUAGUAUGUUAAUAUUUGCCACAGCUGUGUUUGCAUUUGUAUUAUACUCCAGUUGAAGGCAAUUCAUAGGGGAAAAAAAGCAAUUUAAUGCAUUGUAUAAUAAGAUCACUCUGAUUUAAAAAAAGGGAAGGAAAAUAAUCUGAUAGAAAUAUGAAUUAUGGAGUACUUUAAAAAAUUAUGUACAGAUUGACUGUUAUUUUAAUUGAAGUGUAAAUUAUAUUAAUGAGACCAAAAGAAUAAGACAUUAUAUUCUGAUAGGACUGUACUAUAAUAUUUAUCAUAUGGAUAUUUUAUCAUUGAGCCAUUUACUAGACGAAGUAAAAGGCAUGCAUAAUUUUUUCAGCCCUUGACUUUUAAAGGGCACCUACUAUUUGUAUAUAACCCAUGAAAACUCAGAAAAAGUCAUUUUUUUUUCAGUAAGUCAUACACUUUCAGAUGUUACAGAUGCCAAAUUUCUAGGUGCUAAAGUGAAUCCAAUUUCAUAAUAACUAAUACUGAGGGUUCUAGCUGGGUGGUGUGUAGGUGGGUUAAAAUGUACAAAGUGCUUUCUGCAGAGUAGGAAAAGCCAGCGUCUCCUCUGUACACGUUUAUUGUGAAGACCCUGGGUAUGGUGUUUAAAAUUAGGAAAGUUAAUUAAUUUGCAGAGGUGAAUUUUGUCUUGGUUUUGAAAUAAAUGAUUUUUAUUUAACUCCUAUUUUUUAAAGCUAGCUUUUAUUUGGAGAUGGAAGCUAGACAACAGAGGCAUCACUCUAUUUUUACAUUAAGUGGUACCAAUAAAGUAUUUUGUUACCAAAAUUAAAUGAAAAUGUGGUAAAUUAAUCUCGUCCUCAUUUAAAAUAUCUUAAGUUCAAUAAAGUACACAGUAUGCAGUUGUGACAUCAAAGAAUAAUAAAGCAAACCCCAGUGCACAGUGCUGGCAGGCAAGCCCCAGUGGCCUGCCUCUUCUGUGCCUCUCUCAGGACUGUGCACACCCUCACUCUGUGUCAUAGUCAGUCUUAUUUGGUCAUAAUUUGUCCACUGUUCUUUCAUAGUUCCCCAACUCUGUAUAUCUCUACUGUUUAAUUUUUGAAUUCAUGUUAUUAUUUCAUUGUAUGUUUUCUAACUUUUAUACGUUAUUGUGUUCUUAAAGUUCACCCAUGUUAAUAUCCAAAUACUCAUUUUUAUUAUUGAGUAGCAUUUCAUG